AUGGAGGCUUCACGAGGGCCUGGACGAGGAUCAUAUAUAUGGGGGCGAAGUGUCCAUAAUAUACGUAUUGAGCGUCUAUGGGUGGAUUUGACCAACGGAAUCGGCUCCAAGUGGAAACUUUUUUUUCAAGAUCUGGAAGUCAGCAGUGGGCUCAAUGUCGACAAUGUGCACCACAUAUGGCUGCUUCAUCAUUUAUUCCUUGAUGUCCUGGGACGCGAGAUUCAUGGCUGGGCUGAGGCAUGGAACCAUCAUAGGAUGAGUACCUAUGACCAUGGCAUGUCAAGCCCCCACGAAAUGUGUUUCCUCAGUAUGCUGCAGCAUGGUGCGCAUGGAUUUGAGGUGGCACCUACAUUUCAUCCUCCAGAGGACACCCUUCAAAGUGACGAAGCUGUUGCUGAGUAUGGGAUCAAUUGGGAUGGUGUAGACAACCAUGGUAUUCGCUCACAUCAUGACAUGGUCAACCAACCAGACCCUCUUGGCAACAACCCCUUUGUGGCCUAUGUUCCAGAGACCCUCAAUCUUAUUGAAGUGGACGAGCCCGACUGUCCAUUGUCUCCUGAACAACUUGCUCACCUACAUGCUCACUUGGCACAGUUUAUCGAUGACAGGACCAUUCACAGCAGGAGGCAUUUUUGGGAGCAAGCUUUGGCGAUGUGUAUUCACUUAAUGUCUUCGACAGAGUAA